AUGAUUACUUCUUCUGAACUUUUCUUUUGGAACCAAACGUUUGAUCAGUGGGAACAAGAUGAGUUUGAUGAUCUGGAGUUGGCUACCCAGCUCUCCCUUUUAGAUAUAGAUGCUAACGAAAGUGGAAAAACCGUGCCUGAUGAUAUCGUCGAUCAAGAUGAGGAACUGGCCAGAGCUAUAGAAGAAAGUUUGAGAUCUUCACUGCAACAAAGCUCCAGAAGAAAUUCUAACAGACACCAGACGUAUCAAUUUAUUUGUGAUGUGUGUGAUGGAUCAAUUCCACCUAAUGAAAUUCGAAAGCGUGAAUUUUGGAACCAAUAUUUUUGUCAUCGUCAUAUGUCUGAUGGAACUCACGUCUGCUGUGGUUGUAUGAGGCUUAAGGGAACGAACGCAGAGUAUACAGGGCUGGGUGAUAUGAGAAAAAUUUGCUCGGAUUGUUUUGCUACAUCAAUCACAAAUGCAACGCAAAAACAAUCUAUUUUAGAUAAUGUGACUGAAUUUUUUAGACUAAAAGAUGUGGAAAUCCAGGGAUAUAUUCCUGUAUUCUUGGUUGAUAGAAGAGAGAUGAGGAGACAUACAAGACGAGGAGUUAACUCUGGACCUAUUCAUCCAGAUACCACGGUGUGGGGGCUUACAAUGUUCAAUUCAACUGAAAAUUAUGCAGAAAAUGUUGAAAGUCUUUCACGAAAACGGAGAGAUAUAGUGGUGGGAUACAAGAAGUAUCCAUUAAAUCACAGCAGUGGCAUAACAAUCCUUAUUUUAUUUGGUUUGCCAAGGAUCAUGACAGGAGCAAUCAUGGCUCAUGAAUUGAUGCACGCUUGGUUAAAGCAAAAAGGGGUUCGUAACUUGGAGCCAAAAGUGGAGGAAGGCAUAUGCCAAGUGAUAGCUCACGAAUGGUUGGAAUGGUUCGAGCUUAUGGACGAGGAGGCCUCCUCUAGCAGAAGCGAGAAUGCUCAAUUCACUAGGAACUUGAAGCAAACAUUCCAGGAUUUGGUGGAAAUUGAUUCCUCUCAUGCUUAUGGUGAAGGGUUCAGAGAUGCCAAAUGGGCAGUUGAAAAAUGGGGUCCUGCCAAAGUUGUUAAUCAUGUCCUCAGAUAUGGAACUCUCCCUCGAUAA